AUGGUAAGAAUUGAAGGUCGAACCUUCGUGGUCUCGGGUGGUGCGUCCGGCCUGGGUCUCGGGGCUGUACAUGGGAUAAUCAAGUCAGGCGGCUCGGUUGCAAUCCUGGACCAAAACGUAUCUGCUGGGGACCUGAUCGUCAAGGACCUCACGGCAGAGUGUUGCCGAUUCUAUCAAACAGACGUGUCAUCAACCGACAGUAUUGCGGCCGCUGUUUCUGCUGUCAAAGAAUGGACCAAAGCCAGUGGGCGUCCACUCGGCGGCGUGGUGACAGCAGCCGGCAUUGGCAUCCCGACCCCUGCAGUGGACCAAAGCGGGCAGACGCCCCUGAACAUUCAGAAUUGGGACAAAGUCUUCCAAGUCAACGUUCGCGGCAGCAUAGACCUAGCUACACAGCUGCUGGUCGGCUGGGCCAAACCCAUGACCACUACAAAAAGCGAGAAGGGAUCAAAUGCUCCAGGAUCUGGCGAGCAGCAAGGCGACACAGACCCCGACCCUGACCAUGACCGGGGCGCAAUCAUCUUUGUGUCAUCAAUUGUAGCGUUCGAAGGCACGUCGGGCAUGAGCGCAUACGCCGCCUCAAAGGGUGCCAUCAUCGGCGCCGUGCUUCCACUGGCAAGGGAUUUGGCCGAGUACGGCAUCCGCGUGGUGUCCAUAGCCCCCGGUGUGUUUCAGACACCACUGUAUGCGCGGCUUCCGGAGCCUAUUCAAGCGCAAAAUGAGGGCGCUGUGGUCUUCCCGAAACGUGCAGGAGAGCCUGGCAAGGACUUUGCGGCGCUCGUCAAGCACAUUUUCGAGAAUGUUUAUAUCAACGGUACGACGUUGAGACUAGAUGCAGGACUGCGCAUGCCAUGGCAAGCCGCAUGA